AUGGCAAGUCCAGGCGAGAGCCCGAAGGGAAAUCUAUCAUCAUCCAAUCCCUCUACGCCGGUUAUGCGCCGUGCCCGAGUCGCUUGUAAGGCUUGUAACGCCAGGCGAGUGAAAUGUGACGCGGCUGAUGGGCAGCCCUGCUGGCAUUGUCGCACUCGGCAGACGCCUUGCGAGUUGAUUGAAUCAAAACGAGGCAAGUAUCGGCACGCCCGAGCUCGAGAUGUACGUGGCUCCGGACGGUCACAGGAACCCAGGGAUCCAUCUGCCGGUGGGUUGACCCAGAUGGCCCCGGCAGUAGUGGCCCCUGAUGCUACCCACAGAACUAUUCAGUCGGGCCAGACUGAUAGCAUCCACAGACCAACCACACUAGGAGGAAAUGAUCGGGACAGUGGUAUUGAGAUACCUCGCGCGGGAAUAGCCGACAUUAAUGCUGUAGAGCGCCCAAAGCACAGUCAAGAACAGUCACAUCCUCGUAUACAGCAGUUGGGAGAGGCCGUGGGUUUAUCAUACGUCGUCGAGGUUGUCUAUAGCCCCGAAGGUGGUUCAACAGAGCCUUUGAAAGUGCAUUACCCGAUCCCGGCUUCUAUUGCAGACCGACCAGAUGCAAACCAUGCACCACGUGUCGAAGAGCCAGUCUCCUUACAGGAGGCUUUCAGGAUGCCAUCCUGUGACGUAGCUGACCAGCUGGUUCAAGCCUUUUUCCAUAAGCUCCACCCGGCUUAUCCAGUGCUUGAUCGGCAAAAGUUCACACACCAGUACCGCCAGGGCCAAGCCUCUCCACUUGUUCUGCAGACUAUCUUCUUCCUGGGAUUUACGGUUGGAAGUGACGAACUAGUACAUGCAGCUGGUUAUAGUGACCGUGCUACUGCAAGGAAAACACACUACCUGCGUGCAAAGGCAUUGUAUGAUGCUGACUACGAGAAUGAUCGAAUGAAUCUUGUGGCUGUCCUUUUGCUUUUUGGAUUUUGCGCGUCGCAGUCCGCAAUGAGUCAACCCAUGAGGUCCUUGAGGAAGCGAAUUUGGUGGGCCAUAUAUACGCGUGACCGACAUACUUCUGCGGCAUUCGGCCGACCUUGUCGCAUACGGGACGAGGACUGUGAUGUUGAGGCCCUCGAUGAGGAUGAUUUCAAAUUUGACAAUGACUAUGACCAGACCCUCAUCCCCGUCCAGACAGACUUUCAUAUCUCUUACGCCCUUGAGAUGAUAAGAUUAACUACAAUACAGGAUCUUCUUGGUGCCGGGAUGAUCAAAGCAGGGCUAAUCCAUCUCGUCCCAGCCCUGUUCUCUGCACUCUCGGUCCACACCAUCGUCAUCUGCCGGAAAGACCCCAUACGUCGACAAUUAGCCGAGAACAAAUCACGACAAUGCCUAUUGGCAUUGAGCGAGCUGGCCGGUAGCUGGCCAGUCAAGAUCUGGAUUGCUAAAGCGUUUUUAAACUUGUUGCGAAGGCUGACAGUGCAAGGCUCUGCCUCGAUAAUCAAUGUGUCGUCCAGCAUUGCGAACAACCGUAGCAACAUACCACUAUCAGGCCGUUCGAACUCAUCCGGGCUACAUCGUGCCCAUAGUCCUAAACAAACCGUAUUGGAGAGUUCCGACCGAAAUGAAACGACGAGCCGGACCGGGUACAUUAAUGGACCACAGCUUCGAGACCUUCAUCCAUCCGGAGGUUUCCCACAAGCAGCUGAUCAUUUUGUAUAUAAUUCUUUCUGGGCGAGCUAUCUUGAUAAUACUUUUGACGUCGACCUACUUCUGCAUAACGGGUUAGGGCCAACGUUAGCUGAGCCCUUCGAUGGUUUGGAUGCGGCUGAGGGUGCGAAUCCUCUACAUUUCUAG